GGACACAAUAACUGUCUUUAUAUUUGAUUACCUUUAACCUUUUAUAUGUCUUUAGUUAAUACUGUCUCUUCAAAGUAAGAGAUUUGAUGGCAACGGCCUUCCGUGGCCUGUUUUCAAUCAGGCUCUGAAGUGGUUGCCCCUAGCCGAGGGGUCCUCUGGGUAGCCAGAGAUUUACGAUAGAUGAUAGCGAUGGCGGCUGGGCGAGGUGGAUGGCUUGGGCCAGCUUUUGGGCUGCGGUUCCUGUUGGCUACUGUGCUUCAAGUGGUGUCUGCUUUCAGGGCAGAAUUUUCAUCAGAGGCAUGUAGAGAGUUAGGCUUCUCUAGCAACUUGCUCUGCAGCUCAUGUGAUCUACUUGGACAGUUCAACCUACUUCAGCUGGAUCCUGAUUGCAGAGGAUGCUGUCAGGAAGAAGCUCAAUUUGAAACCAAAAAGCUCUAUGCAGGAGCUAUUCUUGAAGUCUGUGGAUGAAAAUUGGGGAGGUUCCCUCAAGUCCAAGCUUUCGUCAGAAGUGAUAAACCCAAACUAUUCAGAGGACUACAAAUCAAGUAUGUUCGUGGUUCAGACCCUGUACUAAAGCUUUUGGACGACAAUGGGAACAUUGCUGAAGAACUAAGCAUCCUCAAAUGGAACACAGACAGUGUAGAAGAAUUCUUGAGUGAAAAAUUGGAACGCAUAUAAAUGUUGCUUUAAUUUUGUCCUAUUUUGUUACCUUGUCAAAUGAAAUAUUACAGCACCUAGAAAAUAGUUGAGUCUCUUACAGUGAGGCAUUAAACAUCUAAUUAGAAGUUGAAGUGGCAGCACAGCUCGUGAUAGCUAAGGAGUUGGCAAGCUUCACAAACCCCGUUUUUUGUUUUUUUUUGUUUUUUUUUUUAAAUAAAUUUCUGUCCUCCUGCAUUUGUUAUACCACUAACAAAAUGCUUUGUAAUAGGCUUCUGGUUAAUUAUGCAAAUGAUAGUUUGUGAUAAUUGGUCUGGUUUAUGUACAACCCAUUUUUAAAUUAAGAGAGGUUAAUAAGAGAUGAUUGCUGUGCCUCAUGUGCUGUGUGCUAUUUUGAAAGUAAUGACAGAAAACUACAAAGCAAAUAAGACAUGCCAAGCCUCAACUGCCUGAUCCUCAUAGCCUCUCAUAUUUGUGUAUUAUCCUAUUUUCUUUUUAAUGGAAAAGUUAUAGUUUGUAAUGAAUGUACUGCUUAAAAACUUGGUAGCCUAAUUAUUGUAAAACAUUCAAGAGCUGCAGUGAGAGUGAAACAUUCACAAAAAUUUGUAUUAAUGAAGACUACACAUAAAACCUUUCUGAGGAUUUGUGUAGAUCCGAUAUUUAGCAAAUUUUUGUGUUUUAGAUUCUUACUGAAAAGUUCCACUUAAAAAUGACCAUUUACAAGACCAAAAUAUAAAUAAAAACUUUGAAAAUCUAUCUGAAUUUGAAAUUAUUCUGGUGUGUCCUCUCAUGUUUAAAAAUGAUUAAGCUUCUCAGUGUGUUCUUAUUUUUCAUAUGCUUUUCUCUUAGCCACAAUAUAAGAAUGACUAUACUGUUUAAAACUUUAUCAUAAUUUCUUAUUGUUGACAAUAGAGGUUGAUUACUAAUCUUUCCCAGCGGUUUAUAUAGCUUUUUUAUGUCCCUAUUGCAAUAUAAUUAUAUAUAGUAUUCAUAUAUAUGCAUAAUUUGCCCUAAUAUAUUCCCAGUACUUCCUUUUCCCCUCUCUUCUACUCUUUGCCAUUCCUUCCAUUUAUUUAUGUAUUUUUUUCCAUUGGUGCCUUAUAAUUUUAUAUAAAAGUGGAAUUCAUUGUGAUAUAUUUCUACAUGAUGUAGCAUUAUUUGGUCAGUUUUAUUCACCUAUUCAUGUAAUAUUAUAAAUUAUGUCGACUUUAAAAGCCAGCAAGAGAAUGAAUAUAAAUCUCUAUACUUUGGCUAAUCAAAAUAAUAUAAGAAAUUCUGGCAAACAGAGUAUGGUCCACUUAUUGAUCAUGAAUAGCAGUGGAGAGGGCUAUCAUUUUGAUAGUUCUAGGCCCCGGUUAAUUUGCCACCAGUCCUUAAUGGUUGUUGCUACUCCCAAAUAAGGGGGAGAUUAAACCUAUUGUGGGCAGUAAAAAAAAAAAUUUUUAAAUAGGAGUUGUCCCCACAUGCAGGAGAAUAGUAGUAUUUAAUGAUGAAACUUCAAAACUUCUGAGAUUGGCAUAGAAAAUUAAUUGGAUUGGUUUCUGGGCAAUAAGAGCCAAUUAAAUGAGUAUUUGGCAUUCGGGAUAGAAUGACAAAAGAAAGACCUAAAAAGUCUAUUAUAUUCAAGUUAUUAUGAGAGAUCAAAGAAGCUGAAAUACCCUGCAAUAUCUUAGAGCUUUAGGUCCUCAAACUGAUGAAUAAAAGGGUAUCUAUCAAGCCCUGCUGUUUUAAUUUAGAGAUUCAAAUUUGGAGAUUCAAAACUAAUGGGCCAAUUCCAAGUGGUUUUUGCCUAUUGCAAUCAAAGAACAGUUUUUUAAAGAAACAAAACCACUGAUUACCAAGAAAGGAGUAUAAAUACUAAUCCAAAAAGUACCAUUUUAUAGCCAAAUUCUAACGUUUGAUUAAGCUUAUUCAAAUUCAGAAAUGUGGAUAUGUGGUAGUCAUUUGAUAUUUAUGACUUUACUCCCCCUGCCAAAAUUAUGUUACUUAUAACUCUAAAGUGAAUUUAUCUCUAAAUUUCUAAAUUUAGCAAAGGCUCUUAUAAGGAGCUAUAAGCAAGAACUGACGAAUUCUGUUAAGAGGAUUUGAGACAUUAAAGCCAUUUUAAAAUUAAAGUGCAGAAAAUACCUUUGAAAGCAAAUACCGCAAAAUUUUGGAUCAGGGGCUGGAGAGUACAGUUCAGUGGUAGAACACUUGCUAGCACAAAGAGGGGCCUGGGUUUGAUGCCCAGCAUCACAAAAAUAUUAAAAGUUAAAACUGUCAAUAGCUAGGGUGUAAAAACCUGUUUAAAAAUACCUGGGAAGCAGUACAGAUUGUGUAUAUGAACAUAACUACAUUUCUUUUUGUUUGAAAAUUAAAACAUGUUUUCAUUA